UGGAAUAAUGAGUUGUUACAACAUUAUAGUGUUAUUAUUAGUACACAUUCACUAGCAUUGUAUUGAUGAUAAUGGAAGAUCGAAGGCAUGGAGAAGGAGAAAUGGAGCACUGUUCUAAGAAACCAUUCUUCUCAUCUUUUUCCCCAUUUUUGUCUUUGUUGGUUUUACUUCCUUCUCUUGUUCUUGUUUUUUUAGUAUGUAAACUUGAUUUGGAGAUUCCUUGGAGGAUUGGCUUUGAUAAAGAUUUAUCAAGUUUACAAAACUCACAACUUAAUUCUUUUUCAAAUAUCAUCUCUUCUCCAAAGUUGGUUGAAUCAGUUGAUUUGGACCCCAAGGGACAGUCUUUUCUUCAUUCAAUUGAAGAAUCACAAAAAACAGUAGCUAAAGACAAAGAAGCCAAUGGAAAAAGUGCAACUCCAGGGAUCAGCAAAACUGAGAGAUAUAGUAAGUUGAAGAAACUAGAGGAGAAAUUGGGAAGAGCAAGAGCAGCCAUUAGAGAAGCUUCUCAAAUUCAUAAUCUUACAUCUAUACAUCAUGAUCCUGACUAUGUUCCUACUGGCCCAAUAUAUAGGAACCCAAAUGCUUUCCACAGGAGCUAUAUAGAAAUGGAAAAGCUUUUGAAGAUAUAUGUAUACAAAGAAGGAGAGCCUCCAAUGUUCCAUGGAGGUCCAUGUAAAAGCAUAUAUUCCACAGAAGGAAGGUUUAUUCAUGAAAUGGAAAAGGGAAAUUUGUAUACAACCAAUGACCCAGAUCAGGCUCUUCUUUAUUUCCUCCCAUUCAGUGUUGUCAAUUUGGUUCAAUAUCUCUAUGUACCAAACUCUCAUGAAGUUAAUGCCAUUGGAACUGCAAUCACUGACUACAUCAACGUCAUCUCUAACAAACAUCCUUUCUGGGAUCGCAGCCUUGGUGCUGAUCAUUUUAUGCUUUCUUGUCAUGAUUGGGGGCCACGUACGACUUCAUUCGUUCCGCUUUUGUUCAAUAACUCCAUCAGAGUAUUGUGUAAUGCGAAUGUUUCUGAAGGUUUCCGUCCUUCUAAAGACGCAUCAUUUCCUGAAAUCCAUCUUAGAACAGGAGAAAUCGAUGGGCUUCUUGGAGGUCUCUCGCCUUCUCGUCGAUCCGUUCUUGCAUUCUUUGCAGGUAGGCUUCAUGGUCAUAUAAGGUACCUACUCCUGCAGGAAUGGAAGGAAAAAGACGAGGACGUGCUUGUUUACGACGAGCUUCCAAGUGGAAUAUCAUACGAUUCGAUGUUGAAGAAGAGUAGGUUUUGUUUAUGCCCUAGUGGGUAUGAGGUAGCCAGUCCAAGGGUAGUGGAAGCCAUUUAUGCUGAAUGUGUUCCUGUGUUGAUAUCAGAAAGCUACGUUCCUCCUUUCAGUGAUGUUUUGAAUUGGAAUUCAUUUGCUGUGCAAAUACAAGUGAAGGAUAUACCAAACAUAAAAAAGAUACUAAAUGGGAUAUCUCAAACUCAAUACUUGAGAAUGCAAAGGAGAGUGAAGCAAGUACAAAGACAUUUUGUACUCAAUGGAACUCCCAAGAGAUUUGAUGCUUUUCAUAUGAUACUUCAUUCUAUCUGGCUCAGAAGGUUGAAUAUACACAUUCAAGAUUAAAGUCAUCUUCACAUAGUUUUGUAUAAUCCUUUUUGUUCUCAACAUAUACUUUUGUAGAUUUCAAAAAACAUAGAAAAUAUCAAAAAGAGGUAAAAAAAAAAAAGCAUUGUAUUGGGUAUUUUGCUAGGUAGAGUAAGGGCUGUCCACUAUUUCAUAUUUGAUUUUGAUUUGAAUUCA